AUGAAAGCCAUGCCGUGGAAUUGGACUUGCCUGCUCUCCCAUCUCCUGAUGGUGGGGAUGGGCUCCUCCACUCUGCUCCCCCGGCAGCCACCCCCAGUGUCCCAGAAGCGGUCUUUUGUUACGUUCCGCGGGGAGCCAGCUGAGGGUUUCAAUCACUUGGUGGUGGACGAGAGGACAGGGCACAUUUAUUUGGGGGCCGUCAACCGGAUCUACAAGCUCUCCAGUGACCUGAAGGUCUUGGUGACCCACCAGACAGGGCCGGACGAGGACAACCCCAAGUGUUACCCACCCCGCAUUGUCCAGACAUGCAAUGAGCCCCUGACCACCACCAACAAUGUCAACAAGAUGCUCCUGAUAGACUACAAGGAGAAUAGGCUGAUUGCCUGUGGGAGCCUGUAUCAAGGCAUCUGCAAGCUUCUCAGGCUGGAGGACCUCUUCAAGCUGGGGGAGCCUUUUCACAAAAAGGAACACUACCUGUCUGGAGUCAACGAGAGCGGCUCUGUCUUUGGAGUGAUCGUCUCCUACAGCAACCUAGAUGACAAGCUCUUCAUCGCCACAGCAGUGGAUGGGAAGCCAGAGUACUUCCCUACCAUCUCCAGCCGGAAGCUGACCAAGAACUCAGAGGCGGACGGCAUGUUCGCUUACGUCUUCCAUGAUGAGUUUGUGGCCUCGAUGAUUAAGAUCCCUUCAGACACCUUCACUGUCAUCCCUGACUUUGACAUCUACUAUGUCUAUGGCUUCAGCAGUGGCAAUUUUGUCUACUUUUUGACCCUUCAGCCUGAGAUGGUGUCUCCACCAGGCUCCACCACAAAGGAGCAGGUCUAUACAUCCAAGCUUGUGAGGCUUUGCAAAGAGGACACCGCCUUCAACUCCUACGUGGAGGUGCCCAUUGGCUGUGAGCGCGGCGGGGUGGAGUACCGCUUGCUGCAGGCCGCCUACCUAUCCAAAGCCGGGGCCGUGCUCGCCCGGACCCUCGGAGUCCGUCCGGAGGACGACCUCCUGUUCACUGUCUUCUCCAAGGGCCAGAAACGGAAAAUGAAAUCCCUGGAUGAGUCAGCCCUGUGCAUCUUCAUCUUGAAGCAGAUCAACGAUCGCAUUAAGGAGCGACUGCAGUCCUGCUACCGGGGCGAGGGCACGCUGGACCUGGCCUGGCUUAAGGUGAAGGACAUUCCCUGCAGCAGUGCGCUCUUAACCAUUGAUGAUAAUUUCUGUGGCCUGGAUAUGAAUGCCCCCCUGGGCGUGUCUGAGAUGGUGCGUGGCAUUCCCGUCUUCACGGAGGACAGGGACCGCAUGACUUCUGUCAUUGCCUACGUCUACAAGAAUCACUCUCUGGCCUUCGUGGGCACCAAAAGUGGCAAGCUGAAGAAGCCUUUAUUGGCCUUGGGCAACCCAGGAGGGGGCAGUGCCCUCCAGUAUGAGACUGUGCAGGUGGUAGACCCCGGCCCAGUCCUCCGGGAUAUGGCCUUCUCCAAGGACCACGAGCAGCUCUACAUCAUGUCAGAAAGGCAGCUCACUAGAGUCCCUGUGGAGUCCUGUGGUCAGUAUCGGAGCUGCAGUGAGUGCCUUGGCUCUGGUGAUCCCCACUGCGGCUGGUGUGUGCUCCACAACACGUGCACCCGGAAGGAGCGCUGUGAGAGGUCCAGAGAGCCCCGCAGGUUUGCCUCUGAGAUGAAGCAGUGUGUCCGGCUGACUGUCCAUCCCAGCAACAUCUCUGUGUCCCAGUACAAUGUCCUGCUGGUCCUAGAGACAUACAAUGUCCCGGAGCUGUCAGCUGGAGUCAACUGCACCUUUGAGGACCUGUCAGAGAUGGAUGGGCUGGUGGUAGGCAAUCAGAUCCAGUGCUACUCCCCAGCAGCCAAGGAGGUGCCCCGAAUAAUCACAGAGAAUGGGGACCACCAUGUCGUCCAGCUGCAGCUCAAGUCGAAGGAGACGGGCAUGACCUUUGCCAGCACCAGCUUUGUCUUCUACAACUGCAGCGUCCACAAUUCGUGCCUGUCCUGUGUUGAGAGCCCAUACCGCUGCCACUGGUGUAAAUACCGGCACGUCUGUACCCAUGACCCCAAGACUUGUUCCUUCCAGGAAGGCCGAGUGAAGCUGCCUGAGGACUGCCCCCAGCUGCUGCGAGUGGACAAGAUCCUGGUACCCGUGGAGGUGAUCAAGCCAAUCACUCUCAAGGCCAAGAACCUUCCCCAGCCACAGUCUGGGCAGCGCGGGUAUGAAUGCAUCCUCAACAUCCAGGGCAGCGAGCAGAGGGUGCCCGCCCUACGCUUCAACAGCUCCAGCGUGCAGUGCCAGAACACCUCUUAUUCCUAUGAAGGGAUGGAGAUCAACAAUCUGCCUGUGGAGUUGACAGUUGUGUGGAACGGGCACUUCAACAUCGACAACCCAGCUCAGAACAAAGUUCACCUCUAUAAGUGCGGAGCCAUGCGGGAGAGCUGCGGGCUGUGCCUGAAGGCGGACCCGGACUUCCAGUGCGGCUGGUGCCAGAGUCAGGGCCAGUGCACCCUGAGGCAGCACUGCCCCGUUCACGAGAGCCCGUGGUUGGAGCUGUCGGGCACAAACAGCAGGUGCACCAACCCCCGCAUCACAGAGAUAAUCCCAGUCACGGGUCCUCGGGAAGGGGGCACCAAGGUCACCAUCCGAGGGGAGAACCUGGGUCUGGAAUUCCGGGACAUCGCCUCCCAUGUGAAGGUGGCCGGUGUGGAGUGCAGCCCUUUAGUGGAUGGCUACAUCCCUGCAGAACAGAUCGUGUGUGAGAUGGGGGAGGCCAAGCCGAGCCAGCACGCAGGCUUCGUGGAGAUCUGUGUGGCCGUGUGUCGGCCUGAGUUCAUGGCCCGGUCCUCACAACUCUAUUACUUCAUGACGCUGACUCUCUCGGACCUGAAGCCCAAACGGGGGCCCAUGUCGGGGGGCACCCAAGUGACCAUCACGGGCACCAACCUGAACGCGGGCAGCAAUGUGGUGGUGAUGUUCGGGAAGCAGCCUUGCCUCUUUCACAGACGCUCUCCGUCCUACAUCGUCUGCAACACCACAUCCUCAGAUGAGGUGCUAGAAAUGAAGGUGAUGGUGCAAGUGGACAAGGCCAGCAUCCACCAGGACCUGUUCUUCCAGUAUGUGGAGGACCCCACCAUCGUGCGGAUCGAGCCAGAGUGGAGCAUAGUCAGUGGAAACACACCCAUCGCCGUAUGGGGGACUCACCUGGACCUCAUACAGAAUCCCCAGAUCCGUGCCAAGCAUGGAGGGAAGGAGCACAUCAAUCUCUGUGAGGUCCUGAACGCCACUGAGAUGACCUGCCAGGCUCCGGCCCUCGCUCUGGGGCCCGACCACCAGUCUGACCUGACCGAGAGGCCUGAGGAGUUUGGCUUCAUCCUGGACAACGUCCAGUCCCUGCUAAUCCUCAACAAGACCAACUUCACCUACUAUCCCAACCCCGUGUUUGAGGCCUUCGGGCCCUCAGGAGUCCUGGAGCUCAAGCCUGGCACUCCCAUCAUCCUGAAGGGCAAGAACCUGAUCCCACCAGUGGCUGGGGGUAAUGUGAAGCUGAACUACACCGUGCUGGUUGGGGAGAAGCCGUGCACGGUGACGGUGUCGGAUGUGCAGCUGCUCUGCGAGUCCCCCAACCUCAUCGGCAGGCACAAAGUGAUGGCCCGAGUCGGUGGCAUGGAGUACUCCCCGGGGAUGGUGUACGUGGCCCCGGACAGCCCGCUCAGCCUGCCCGCCAUCGUCAGCAUCGCCGUGGCAGGCGGCCUCCUGGUCAUCUUCAUCGUAGCCGUCCUCAUCGCCUACAAACGCAAGUCCCGCGAAAGUGACCUCACGCUGAAGCGGCUGCAGAUGCAAAUGGACAACCUGGAGUCGCGUGUGGCCCUGGAGUGCAAAGAAGCUUUUGCCGAGCUGCAGACGGACAUCCAUGAGCUGACCAGUGACCUGGACGGAGCUGGGAUCCCCUUCCUGGAUUACAGAACGUACACCAUGCGGGUGCUGUUCCCAGGGAUUGAAGACCAUCCUGUGCUCCGAGACCUCGAGGUCCCGGGCUACCGGCAGGAGCGCGUGGAGAAGGGCCUGAAGCUCUUUGCCCAGCUCAUCAACAACAAGGUGUUCCUGCUGUCCUUCAUCCGCACCCUGGAGUCCCAGCGAAGCUUUUCCAUGCGCGACCGCGGCAACGUGGCCUCGCUCAUCAUGACGGUGCUGCAGAGCAAGCUGGAGUAUGCGACCGACGUGCUGAAGCAGCUGCUGGCCGACCUCAUCGACAAGAACCUGGAGAGCAAGAACCACCCCAAGCUGCUGCUCAGGAGGACUGAGUCGGUGGCUGAGAAGAUGUUGACCAACUGGUUCACUUUUCUGCUCUACAAGUUCCUCAAGGAGUGCGCCGGGGAGCCCCUCUUCUCGCUGUUCUGUGCCAUCAAGCAGCAGAUGGAGAAGGGGCCCAUCGAUGCCAUCACAGGAGAGGCCCGCUACUCCCUGAGUGAGGACAAGCUUAUCCGCCAACAGAUCGACUACAAAACCCUGGUGCUGAGCUGUGUCAACCCAGACAAUGCCAACAGCCCCGAGGUCCCAGUAAAGAUCCUCAACUGCGACACCAUUACUCAGGUCAAGGAGAAGAUUCUGGAUGCCAUCUUCAAGAAUGUGCCCUGCUCCCACCGGCCCAAGGCUGCAGACAUGGACCUGGAGUGGCGACAAGGAAGCGGGGCGAGGAUGAUCCUACAGGAUGAAGACAUCACCACCAAGAUUGAGAAUGACUGGAAGAGACUGAACACGCUGGCCCAUUACCAGGUGCCAGAUGGUUCUGUGGUGGCUUUAGUGUCCAAGCAGGUGACAGCCUACAAUGCCGUGAACAACUCCACAGUCUCCAGGACCUCGGCAAGUAAAUAUGAAAACAUGAUCCGAUACACCGGCAGUCCUGACAGCCUCCGCUCGCGCACACCCAUGAUCACCCCCGACCUAGAGAGCGGAGUCAAGAUGUGGCAUCUGGUGAAGAACCACGAGCACGGGGACCAGAAGGAGGGCGACCGGGGGAGCAAGAUGGUGUCUGAAAUCUAUCUGACGCGUCUGCUGGCCACGAAGGGCACGCUGCAGAAGUUUGUGGACGACCUGUUCGAGACCAUCUUCAGCACGGCGCACCGGGGCUCGGCCCUGCCCCUGGCCAUCAAGUACAUGUUCGACUUCCUGGACGAACAGGCCGACAAACACGGCAUCCACGACCCGCACGUCCGCCACACCUGGAAGAGCAACUGCCUACCCCUGCGGUUUUGGGUCAACAUGAUCAAGAACCCUCAGUUUGUGUUCGACAUCCAUAAGAACAGCAUCACGGACGCCUGCCUCUCCGUGGUGGCCCAGACCUUCAUGGACUCCUGCUCCACAUCAGAGCACCGACUGGGCAAGGACUCCCCUUCCAACAAGCUGCUCUAUGCCAAGGACAUCCCCAGCUACAAGAACUGGGUGGAGAGGUAUUACUCGGACAUCGGGAAGAUGCCGGCCAUCAGCGACCAGGACAUGAACGCAUACCUGGCCGAGCAGUCCCGGAUGCACAUGAAUGAGUUCAACGCCAUGAGCGCACUCUCGGAGAUCUUCUCCUACGUGGGCAAGUACAGCGAGGAGAUCCUCGGACCUCUGGACCAUGACGACCAGUGUGGGAAGCAGAAACUGGCCUACAAACUAGAACAAGUCAUAACCCUCAUGAGCUUAGACAGCUGA